AUGCCGACUUCCCGACUCACUCCGAAAGAACACUUGUCGUAUCGGAACUUGCUAGCGAUCCCUGCCAAGAAAGAGGUUCAAUUCUCGGAGAUACCGGCUCUUACCAAUGGCUCUGACUCGGAAGACUUGAUCGUUGCAACCUCGGAGUACUGGAUUACCAAACACACCAACCAGGGCCACUUAACAUUCGCCCCCUACGACCGACCCGGCAAGCUUGCCAACAAAACCGCCUCUCUGUCGGCUUGCUCCGGGUCGAUAUCUGAUUUCACCACCUGUCCCUUCGAUAAGUUAUUGGCGGUCGCAAACGAAGCCGGUGAAACAUCGGUCUUCUCUCUUCCAGAAACUCUCAAUCCGCCGGGAGAAACGCAGUCUUUCAACUCCAUCAAGAAGCUCCAUGGCGAUCCCAAGAACUCCCCCGUUGAUAAAUUAGCUUUCCAUUCGACUAGUCGAGGUAUUCUAGCUGGUAACAUUGGUACCCAACUGGCGAUUUGGGAUGCUGAGCAUCUCAACGAUGGAUCACCCUUGAUCAACCUUGCGAGCGGGGCGAGAAUAUGGGAUAUUAAGUGGGGAUGGGAUGGAAAGCUCAUCGGUGCAACUACUCGAACAGGCAUCUUACAGCUAUGGGACCCACGGGCUUCGGCCAUGGUUUCAAGUUGCGACAACCAGGAUGGAUCCGGUGGAAGGAAAUGCAGCCGACUUGCUUGGAUUGGUGAUCACAUCUUGACAACCAGUGUUAACAAGCUACGCGAUCGUCAAUAUUCGGUGUUUGAUCCAAGGUCCUUAAAUUCACCAAUCAAAAUUGAACGAAUAGACAAUUCCAAUGGGACUUUGAUACCUUUGGUUGAUCCAAACCGUUCGAUACUGUAUCUCGCAACAAGAGGAGAAUCGACGUUAAAAUGGUCCAAGCUCAACUUUUCCAGCACAUUGACCGUCGAGGCUUUCAACUCAAUGCUACCGAUCUCUCCAGUUGCUGGUGUCGCGAUGGCACCAAUUAACCAUCGCACUGUGGACGUGAUGAAGGCGGAGCUCUGCAAACUAAUGAUCUUGACUAAAAAUGCCGAAGUUGUUCCGCUCACCAUGCAGGCGCCCAAAAGACAGUAUUUAGAUUUCCACGCUGAUGUCAUGCCUUCCGUGCGAAGUAUGGGGCCGGCGCAAACUGGAAAGGAAUGGCUUCAAGGAAAAGAUCAAAGCGUUGAACUGGUUUCGCAGGACCCCUCAGCAUCCAGCACUCUUAAAUCCACCAUCAAGCAAGCGUCCGUCUCGGUAACAUUGCAACCGACUCCAGCAUCUGAUACUGUCAAAUCUUCCGUCAAGUCAGGACCAGUUUCAACGACUUUGCAAUCAACUCAAGAGUCGCCGCAGGUUCCAGGUUCUCCUAAAAGCCAGUUGCUGGCUACUGGACCAGCCUCUUAUGGCGUGAAGAAAUCGCUUGAUGCAAAGCUCAAUGAUCCGGCCCCUUCUCAAUCAGUUGAGAAACCCAUCUCUAAACACGAUAGUGCCAUUAAGCCAGUACGGUGGUCUCGAAAAUACGUGGAUGGUCAAACGUCUAUGCAGGCUGAUUACGAAGAUCUGCACAAUCUAUCGGCCACUUUUCCGGCCGACCGAGAGAUUAUCAAAUCUACAUCCAGCUUCUUUUUGGUACCAAUCGGCGGGCCAGGUGGAAGGCUCGGAGUUCAUCAGAUGAUCAACAAAGGCAGGCUGCCCACUCGUUUGCCGUGUUUGAUCAACGUGGCAAACAUUGUGGCUUUUGAAGUGGACCAAUUGGACCAAGGACGAGUCUAUGUUGCUGGGGAUGAUUCGAAGGUCAGGGUUUUCCGCGUACCAAAAGAGGGCCUCCAAGAAGACUGCCUGAAUACUGAACUUAUCUUAUCCACUUUGAAUAUGGAUAGGAUUAGCUUGAUUAAGCCACAUCCUACGGCCAAAGAUAUCUUGUUGACCAUCUCGGAGGACAGGAACAAGCCUUGCAUCCGUCUUUGGUACACUGGUCAAGUUGAUGACACAAGCAAGCCAUUAAACGAGCUGCAACUUCCAUCGGGUGCGAUUUCUUCGGCAUCUUGGUCUCUCGAUGGAUCUCUUCUAGCAUUCGCGAAUAAAAACAAGACAUUAUAUAUAUUAGAUCCCCGCGGAGAAGAUGAUAAACAGUGGUCCCAAGGGUCAACACAUGGAAGUUCACGACCAGUGCAAGUUACCUGGACUGAUGCCAGAUCUCAUCUUCUCACUAGCGGCUUUUCAUCGACGGGAAUGCGUGAGGUCAAGCUCUGUCGAGUGGACCACCAGCAACAUACGAUAGAAUCAUUGGCUCAGAUCUCCUUCGAUAACUCGCCAGCCGGGUUUUUUAUACAUUAUGAUCCCGAUACAUCGAUUGGGUUCUGCUGGAGCAAAGGAGAACGGACAACCUAUUUGAUCGAACUGAUUGAGACACCCAACCCGAACGCAAACCCACCGCAGUCAACCUUCAAAUUCGAUCGAUUAACACCAUUCGUACAUUCUACCAUUCAGUUAGGAUAUUCAUUCUUUAUCAAACAGGUUUUAGAUAUCAAAGCAGUUGAAGUCGCCAGAGCUUUAAGGCUAACUGGCAGUCAAGUCGAAGUCGUCAGUUUCAAGAUCCCCCGGAAUCGCUCGGAGUUCUUUCAAGAUGACAUUUUCUGCGACACUAGAGAUCUCUUAACUCCUACAUUCAAGAACGGGCAAGAUUGGUUCAAUCUUGGUCAGAAUAAAGCACAAGAAGAUCCCACAGAGAAAGAUUUGGUUGAGGGUUUUGCGAAAAUCAACUUACAACCAGUUGGGAUGUCUAAAUUAAGUCAGGCUCCCCUGACGAAGCUCCAAUCCAAUCAAAAAGCGCUUAUUGCGAAAGGACCCCAAUUGACGGACUCGCAAAAGGCUGAUCAAUAUCUCGAGAAGCUGUUCCAAUCAGCUAAACGAGAUGAUCAACAUGCGCCCGCUCAAUCUGAUCUGGAGGAUUUCAUGAAAGCAUGGAAGGAGAUGAACAGGAAAUAUGUGGGCAGUAGACCAAUCAAGAUCUCCAAGGCUACCACCAAAGUCGGCAUUGUUCAGAUCAGUAAUAAAAAGGCUAGAACUCUGGACGACCAUCGCAAGAAAAAACUCAUACAGGGCGUCAAACGCUUGCGUACUGGGGCUGGUGCCGUUUGGAAAAACGAUAAUCGUCCAUAUGCGCGCAGAUAA